UAUAUAUAUAACACUACCAGUAACAAAGCUGAAGCAACCAAAAAGGGUUAUAACGCAAGCAAAAAAUUUAAAGUUUGAUAAUACUUUAUUUUGAUAAAAAUAAAAUGCCGAUUUCUCGAAUCGCAGUCGGGUCUCCGUCAGAAGCCGGCCAAGCUGAUGCACUCAAGGCGGCUUUAGCCGAGUUCAUUUCAGUGCUUAUUUUUGUUUUCGCCGGUGAAGGCUCGGGCAUGGCUUUCAACAAGUUGACCGACGAUGGCUCGUCGACACCGGCGGGUUUAGUAGCUGCGGCAUUGGCUCACGCCUUGGCGUUGUUUGUGGCGGUUUCGAUCGGGGCUAACAUUUCCGGCGGACACGUAAACCCCGCCGUCACGUUCGGUGCUUUCGUGGGUGGCCACAUUACAUUGGUGAGGAGUAUUUUGUAUUGGAUAGCUCAGUUGCUUGGAUCUGUCGUUGCUUGCUUGCUUCUCAAGUUCUCAACCGGUGGAAUGACAACAUCGGCAUUUUCCUUAUCAUCCGGGGUAGGAGCAUGGAACGCAGUCGUUUUCGAGAUCGUGAUGACCUUCGGCCUGGUUUACACCGUUUACGCCACAGCGAUCGACCCGAAGAAGGGCAACAUCGGCAUCAUCGCACCCAUUGCCAUUGGUUUCAUCGUGGGUGCCAAUAUCUUAGCCGGUGGUGCCUUCGACGGUGCGUCCAUGAACCCCGCGGUCUCAUUUGGUCCGGCCGUGGUUAGUUGGACGUGGGACAGCCAUUGGGUCUAUUGGCUUGGUCCGUUCAUUGGCUCAGCCAUUGCAGCCAUUGUAUACGAGGUUUUCUUUAUUGCCCCAAGUACAUAUGAAGAGCUUCCUAGUGCAGAUUUUUAAAAUAUUUUGGGGUAUUUUCUUUUAGGUCCUUAUGUGGUUUUCAAUUAAAAUGGGUUGAAAUUUGGGUGGGUCGAUUUGGUUUUUUUUUUUCUUUUAAUUAUUGUUUAUUGGCUGCUGCUUCUUUUUUUAA